GAAGUGCGACAACACCGGUACAUGCAACGGAUGCACCGCACCUAACUAAAUUUCACUGGAAGCAAAUCCAGACUACGUACGGCGGCUGCAAAUACCACUUGGCUUAAACUUGAACGGGCGCACUUGUAGGAGGUUUUCUAACACGGCAAGUACACGCGCGCGCGCCUUUACACACGAACGUGAAUUUACGGAAAAAUGUUUUGGUAAUUCAAAAUGUGUUGAGUGAUCUGUGCUGAAUAGAGUUGUUGUUUUAUGACAAAAUAAUAUAUAUCGCAGUGUAGAGAUGUGCGUGUUGCCUCUGAGACGGCGUGAUUGCAGUUUCGACGUGUGCUUGCUUACUUGCUAAUAUUUAGAUUCUUAUGUCGAUACUCGUAAUUGCCUGGGAAAGGUUAACACUGUCGUGGUCGUCAUUGUCGUCGAAGUCAGGUGCGCACUUUAUUCAUUGAAUAUUGUUUUGAUUUGCAUGCCGCCAUAAGAAAAUAAUGAAAUCACAAGAAAAGUGCAGUGCGAAUACACUUGCGGUUGAACUACAAAUAAAGCAAAGUAUAAACAAAUAAACAAUGGAAAUUUUCAGUGUUUUCAAAAAAGUGCAAAAACGUGGCAUAAAUAUUUGAUAUUUCGCGUAUACGCAAGAAAAUUACUUAUUUUGGCUCAUCACCUACACAGGUGUGCAGUAAGUUCUGAUAUGGAGCCUACAAGCGCAACUACAGACCCCUACACCUGGGGCACAACCACCUCCUAUGCAAGCACAGCGUUGUUUAAUCCUUCUAGUGAGCUCUAUGCACUAGUUAAUGGUUCCACAAAUUCGCUUAACAAUUCCUUCACCGCCUAUAACUACAACUAUGACAAUGCACAAAAUGCUUCGAUUCAACACUUUUUCGAUCUGGGACCAACGCGUGAUUCGCUCAAGAUCGUCAUUCCCGUGACGGUCAUUUACAGUUUGAUUUUCGUAAGCGGCGUUAUUGGCAAUAUCAGCACCUGUAUUGUGAUCAAGAAGAAUCGGUCCAUGCACACCGCCACUAAUUACUAUCUCUUCAGCCUAGCCAUUUCCGACUUUCUGUUGCUGUUAUCUGGCGUACCACAAGAGAUAUACUUUAUCUGGUCGAAAUAUCCCUACGUAUUUGGUGAAUACUUCUGCAUUGGGCGCGGGGUGCUGGCUGAGACCUCAGCCAACGCUACUGUACUUACCAUUACCGCCUUCACCGUCGAGCGUUACAUGGCUAUCUGCCAUCCGUUUCUUGGUCAGGCUAUGUCGAAAUUGAGUCGAGCCAUCCGUAUUAUUGUACUCAUUUGGUUGGUGUCGGUGCUGACGGCCAUCCCACAAGCGGCGCAAUUCGGUAUCAUCAUGUUGAAUGGCAUCGAGAAGUGCACAGUUGUGCGGAAUAUUAUCCAGCAUUCAUUCCAGUUAUCCACUUUCAUUUUCUUCUUUGCUCCGAUGUCCAUUAUUUUGGUUUUGUAUUUGCUGAUCGGCUUGCGUUUGCAUCGUUCGAAUUUGAUGGGCGCCACUGGUGAGGCCGGUGGAGAUGGCUUUGGAUACAUUAGCACUGGCGUGAGUGCUGUAAAUGGUAGAGGAAGUGGUGCUAGUAGAGGUAGCGGGGAAGGCAGCGGUAGUAGUGUUGCAGCGCGCACAAGCGGAGCACGCAAAGGGAGCGGCCGCAUGGGCAUGAAGGGUACACAAAACGAAACGAUGCUCUCUCGGUACAUGGGCGGCAGUCAGUUGAGUGCGGUGCGAGGGCGGAUGAAUCAUUAUGGAACGCGACGAGUGAUCAAGAUGCUAGUUGCGGUUGUCAUAUGUUUCUUCUUGUGUUGGGCGCCGUUCCAUGCACAGCGGCUUAUCGCCGUUUACGGGAUGUAUGUGAUGGGUGGCAGCAAUGAAGGUGGUGGUGAUGACGCUGCUGCCGAUGACAAGAAUCAUCAUGUGGUAAUAUACACAGUUAUGACCUAUGUGUCUGGCGUGCUUUAUUACCUGUCGACAUGCAUCAAUCCGCUGCUGUACAAUCUCAUGAGCAACAAGUUUCGGCAGGCGUUCAAGUCGAUUUUAUUUCGUAAAAAAUCCACUGGUUCUAUCAAUUAUCGAAGGGCGCAACAAUCGCAAAAUUUACGUCGUAAUCCUACGCUCACUUCGAGUACACAGCGAGAAUUGAGUGAUUCAGAGUCGCAAUCAAAACAUUCUGUGCUUCAGACCGUGUUGAAUGAGCGAAGAGCUAACAACCAGAUUUUGCCAAAGAAUGGCAAAUAAUUAGAUUGACCGGCUUGCUUGGAGUACAACAACUUCAGUUCCACAAAUAAUGAGAGCCUACGAAAAUGCAGCAAAAUGUGAUUGAAAGGCUAUUGACUUUGGACGCUCAUGGGCAAACACAUGUGCACACUUUGCAAAAAGGUGUAGGAAAACUACAAUUUAAAAGUUUUUUACUCAAUCGAGGUACUUAAAACUGGAUUCGUUUAAUUACUGAACUCAACAAACAAAUUUAUUUGUAUGAUACAUAUAUGUAUACAUAUGUAUGUACAUAGAAACUAAGUAACUUAUAUAUUAUAUUACAUUAUAUGUAUGUUUGUAUAUGCAGUGUAAUGCCUAACCACAUAUUGUAUACAUACCUACGUGCAUUUAAGUCAGUGUGCACAAAUACAUAUAAAGAUACUAUGAAUAAAUUGAACGCCAUAAUAAACACUCAUUAAUAGGCGGUGUAAUAUGGAUAAGGUUUUAUUGAUUUAAUUGCAUAUUUGUUAAUAAGAUUACCUUAAUCACCCAAACACUCUUCCGCGCUUACACACAUAAAUUUAGCAGAUUCUGCAUCGAUUCUAAAAAUUGAAGUUGUCAUGAAAUUCCAUUUUAUGUACACUCAAGUAUUUUAAUAUAUAAU